AACAUUUAACAAAAAACUUAGCUGGAGAAAGUUUUUUAAAGUUUUUCGCAUCAACACCGGUCGUCGGUAUUAAACAAAUGUUGGUUAAUGUAAAUUAAAAAAACAAAGUUAAGAAACACCAAACAACACACCAAUCACUGCUGUGUUAACUUAAAAAUAAUGCGCAUGCGUGCAGUUGACUUGAAACAGUGAAGAAAUAAACAACACACAUACGAAGCAAAAUAAACAAACGGAUUACAUAUUUUGAAUAAAGACAAAAAAAAAAUAAAACAAAACGCAUAAAACAACAAAAUACAUAAAAUAAUAAAAGAAAAAUAAAAUUAAUAAUUUUGUAAACGUUAAACUGCAAAGAAAGACAUUUUAAAAUAACGACUUUAAAUAAGAAAUUAUUAGGAAAAAAACACAAAAUAAAUCUCUUAAGUUUAUUGAUCUAAAGUUGAAAAUUUCUUUAUAAUUUAAACUAACAAAGUGUUAAUUAUUUAAAUUAGUUUAUUUCGAAAAAUAGAUAUUUAUUUAAAAUUUUUAAAUGUGUAUUCUAAAAAGUUGCAAAUGAAAAUGAAAUUAUUAACAAUUAUGCGAAAAAUAAAGACUUCUUCGAACCAUCUACAAACAAUGUCAAUCAACAAAUAUCAUUAUUAUCAUCAUCAUAAUUAUCAUAAAAAUAAUAUAAUUAUGUCGUCGUAUAUUUUUGUGUUUUUAUUUAUAAACUUAUUUAAUUUAACAUUAUGUAAUAAUGUAAAUGUUGAAAACGAUAGUGAAAUUAAAUUAACGUCAACAGCAACAACAAUGGCUACAACGAAUAUUGAACAGACUACUAAUAAAUAUGCGAAUGAAUCAUUAUUGGAGGCACGCGAAUUAUUUGAAGAUUCAAGUGGUAUGGUGUGGUCGGAAUUUCUAGAGGAUUAUGUUAUAAGCCAAAGUCCUAGUAGCCGCACUUCCAAAGAUCUACCCUACUAUAACGAAAUGUCUGGUCCUGGUGGCGGUCCACCCUAUCAAAUGAUGAUAAAUCCCGGAAUGGGGCCGAAUCCCACAAAUCCUCAACCACCCAUUAACUAUCAUUCUUCGGCCUACAAAAGACCAGCUAUUUAUAUAAAUAAACGUAUUGGAGAAGUGGGUGUAGAAUUGGAACCACAUAAAAGACCACCACAACAAGUGGUUAAUCCACAAUUUCGACCAAUGACAAAUCAAAUGUCACAACAUCAACAACCUGGUCUAUUGCAACAAUUGUUUGGUUUAGGUGGAUCGGAAACAGGUAUUACAAGACCAACAUCAAAUAUACCCACAUCACCAGGAGGAUCACAAAUACCACAACAUAUAAGACCAUUACCAUUGCAGCAACAACAGCAUGUAGUACACAAUGGACCGCAAACAUUUAGAGCAGUAUCGGAAAAUGAUUUAUAUCUAUUGGGUGCCAUAGAGAAAUUAGUCUAUCGUGUAGACUAUUUGGAGAGUAGAGUGAGAAGAACAGAACAAUUGAUUUAUUAUCUAAUGGCGGGUAAUAAGCAACAAACUGAAGUACGUGAUCCCUGCCCGACAAACUUUACACGUAUUAGUGAUACUUGUUAUUAUAUUAACAGUUAUCAGGCGGUCAAUUGGAAAACGGCUAAUUCCGCUUGUAAAGCUUUAAAUUCCCAUUUGGCAGAAUUCGAAAAACCUUCGGAAAAUGAAGAAAUCAUGGCAUAUUUAUUAAAUCAACCAAAUCAUCGUGGUCGUGAUUAUUGGUUAGGUGGUUUAAAUCCUGGCCUUCUAUGGAUCUGGUCAAAUUCUGCUAAACCUGUUAAUCCCAAUAUGAAUUUAACCUCCAUUGCUAUGUCUCACAAGGAAAAACAUGACAAAGAAACCGAAUCGAAUACCAUUGAUGUGGAUGAGAAGGAUGACAAGAAAAAAUCUGAUAAUACCGAUAUUUUGAAUAAUACUUUGGAAAUCGAAGGUCAAGGUAGAUGUCUAAGAUUGUCUUAUAAUUCUGCCAAACAUAGUUACAAUUAUUAUGGACAAGAAUGUACUACGAGACAUCAUUAUAUAUGUGAACAUGAAGACAAAAGCUUAGAUAAUAAAAUUAAAAAAAUUGCUAGGGAAUUGAAAUUAUUUGAGUGAAUUCCCGAAAGUGUAAUUGAGGGGAAUAAAUGUAUUAAUUUUGUUUAAAGUGAUUUUGUUUUUACUCUUUUUUUAAUUUAAGUGUUACAUAUUUGUGUAAAGAAUUUAAUUGCUUAAUACAUAUUUAUAUAAUUUAAUAAUUUAUUUGUUUAUGUAAGAAAAAUAAAUUUUAAUAAAUAAUUUUAAAA